UGUUAGACUAUUUUCCUCACAAACAAGCAAUGGCUGUGGAUGUAGCAAUGCAGCUAUACCUAUGCUCUUCACCCUUGCGAAGAGAGAAGUGUACUUGCAAAAUUGCUCCCAAGCUGAGCAAGCCGUUGCGGCCCUGCAUCCAGCUGAGUGGCAAGACUGUGCUGAAUGGACCAGAAGAAGCAGCAAACUCCUUCACGAACAACAAAGUGAAGAAGAGGGUGUCGUUUGCAGAUAGCAGAGGCUUUGCUUUGACGAUGGUGAAGGUGUUCUCAGAGUUUGACGAUCCACUAGAUAUUCCUUUCAACAUCACCGAGCUGAUAGACAACAUUGUGGGUCUGACAACAGUGGAGAGGAGGGACAGCUUUGUUCUGGAUUUUGUUCAACCCUCUGUGGACUACCUGGACUUCAGAAACCGCCUCCAGGCAGACUGUGUCUGCCUUGAAAACUGUAUGCUAAAGGAGCGAUCUGUUGUAGGAACAGUGAAGGUGAAGAACCUCGCUUUUGAAAAGACUGUGAAGAUCAGGAUGACGUUUGACACCUGGAAAAACUUUGUCGAUUACCCAUGCCAGUAUGUCAAGGAUACGUAUGGAGGGUCAGAUCGGGACACGUUUUCCUUUGACAUCAGCUUCCCUGAGGGAAUCCAAUCCCAUGAAAGAAUUGAGUUUGCCAUCUCCUUUGAGUGCAAUGGCCAGGUGUACUGGGAUAACAACAGGGGCACAAAUUAUAGGAUCAUUCGAUCGGAACUGAAGUCUGCCCAGGAAGCUGUUCGCUCCCCGCAGGGCCCUGACUUUGGCAGCGCCUUUGACCAGUUUGGGAGCCCUCGAUGCUCCUAUGGCCUCUUUCCCGAGUGGCCCAGCUAUUCAGGCUACGAGAAGCUAGGGCCUUACUAUUGACCCAAGAAUAACGUCCUGGUUGACUAACUGUUGCUGGUGUGUGUCUGCAGGCCUGGGAGCUGGUCUGAACGUGAGCUGUAUGUAAAGGUGGGGAAAAGGUAUGGCUCUGUGUAGCUCUGUGUAAG